GACCUGAGCGUCGCACCGCGAGGAUGGAGACGCAACGAGAAAACGCAACCGCCACCGCCACCGCGUGGAAACGGUUCAAAGAAAUACUGCUCGACCAGCACUUCAACUCGGAUCGUAUAUUCUACCGCAUUGGCCUGAAUAUAGGAAAAAGACCUUGGUUAUGGCUGCUGGUGUCCUUCUGCAUAAACUGUGUCUGCGCCCCUGGGAUGCUCUUCUGGAAAGAAGAGCUCGACGACAUAGAGCUCUUCUUGCCCGACGAUUCCGUGAUACGCGACGAUGCUGCCUGGGUGAAGACGCACUUCCGGGACGAUUUCCGUUACGAAAGUAUCAUAGUGACCGCCCCCAACGUUCUGGAACCCGAAGUGCUGCGUUCGAUCAGCAAAAUCGAGCAAGCAGUAAAGUCCGUGGUGGUGAACAACAACACUUGGGAAGACGUUUGCGCGGGGUACUUGACGUGGUUCAAUCAAGACGAGACAGCGAGCCUCUUCAAGGACUUUGAGAUCACCGACAACCUCAUGGCGCAAAUGAACAAAACAGUGCUCAAAGAUGGAUGCAUAUACCAGUCGAUCAUCCAACUCUGGGAAACCAGCCUGUCCAAGGACGUUCGCAAUCUGACCAAGAAAGAGGUGUUCACCGAUGUGAACAAAGCUCUGAAGAACAAGAACACUGGUAACGUGUUGCUGGACAUCGGUCCUUUGCUCUCGGGACUCUCUUACGACAAACAGGGUCGGGUCAGAGGCGCGAAGGCGACCAUCAUGGUGUGGAUGUUGAAGAAAUCGAAUUCCCAUUCGGCGGAAUGGGAGCUGGAGUUCAUCGAUCGCGUCCUGAACUCGAACGUGACGCUACCGCCGGGGAUGGAGAUCUACGCGAUCGCAUCGCGAAGCUUCAUAGACGGCCUCCAACAGAUACUGAACAGCAACGUUACAGUACUCUGCUGUGGAAUAACGUUGAUAGCUGUUUACGUGAUGGCAAUGAUCGGCAAAUGCAACGCGCUGGAGCAACGAAUCUAUCUGUCGAUAAUGGGGGUCACCGUGGUUGGCCAGGCGAUCUUGUCCUCUUACGGGCUGUGCUCCUACUUGGGGUACUCCUACGGACCGAUACACUCCAUUCUUCCGUUUCUCUUGCUCGGCAUAGGCGUGGACAACAUGUUCAUGAUCAUGCAGAGCUUGGAGAACCUGCCGGAAACCGACCAGACUCUGGAGCUUCCUGUUCGUAUCGCCAAGGGGAUACAGCAAGCAGGCAUGUCAGUUACUGUAACGUCCUUCACGAACGUGAUCGCGUUUGCUUUUGGUAUGACAACGGUGAUGCCCAGCCUCAAAUCCUUCUACGCGUACGCCGCGUUGGGUAUCCUCUUCCUGUACAUAUACGAGAUCACGUUCUUCGUGAGUUGCCUGGUCUACGACGAGAUGAGGCUCGAGGCGCGGAAGGACGGCUGUCUAUGUCGACCCAGGCUGAACUGGAAGACAAACGAGUGCAGUCAGAGGAACACUCAAAGGAUCAUUUUCGAGACUUACAUUGGUCCAUGGGUGACCAAGACCUCCGUGAGGAUCGUCGUCCUAUCGAUCACCGGAGGUCUUCUCCUGGUCAACGUUUGGGCGAUCUUCCAGUUGCAGCAAAAUUUCGACACCCUGCGUUACCUGAACCAAGACUCCUAUCCCAUCCAGUACAACAACAAGCUGAAGGAGUACUUCCCAAAAUAUGGGAAACGGGCAGCUAUUUAUAUGACCGGUGUGGACUACUACGAAGACCGUGACUCUCUCUUCCGGUUGGUGGAGAAUCUGAAAAGCAAUCAGUUCAUCAAUAACCGUACCUUGGAACCGUGGUUCAUCGCCUAUGAAAAGUGGUUGAACGCCACCAACAAAGGCGAUAUCGAGAGCAGCGAGGAAUACUACAAUAUACUCACAGAGUAUCUGCUUUUAACGAAAGAGGGUCAAGCGUACAUUAAGGACAUCAACUUCAAUAAACUGCCAGCUGGGGAGUACAACAUAACGACGUCGCAGAUUCCAAUCCAACAUGUUCCCAUAAACACUGUGGCGGAGCAAAUAAAGGCGAUGCAGUCUAUCAGAGACACUGUUCAAGGUACGAAUUUCUCGCAGGGGCACGAUUACAUUGCCAUUUUCUCGCCAGACUACGUCUCAUGGACGGCAAACAAGGUGAUAGGAGAAGAACUGAUCAGGAAUUUAAGCCUAGAAAUAGUAACUAUUGGAAUAGUAAUAAUAGUAUUUCUUAGAAAUCUUCGCGCUACGUUCUGGGUCCUUUGUUGCGUCUUUUUCACGCUCAUUGACCUAUUGGGUACCAUGUAUUUCUUGAACUUGACCAUUGAAAUAUCUUCGAGCAUUAUGAUUUUGUUGUGCGGGGGUCUGGCAGUCGAUUACGCCGCUCACGUCGGGCUGGAAUUUACUCGCACAAAGGGCAGUAAAAAUGAACGAGCAAUAGCAACGCUUUCUAUCAUUGGCCCGGCUGUGUUUAAUGGAGGUUUGAGCACCUUCCUAGCAUUUGUUUUGUUAGGAUCCAGCGAGGCUUACAUAUUUAGUACUUUUUUUAAGUUAUUCACAUGUGUGGUAAUGUUUGGUCUCUUCCACGGACUGUUAUUCCUACCAGUAAUUUUAAGCUUAUUAGGUCCGGAUGAGAGAGUGAAUAAGACAAAGAAAGAGAAUGUUGUACGAGAGCUGAAUGGAUACUGCACAGUUCCCUUAUCUCAAAGCAAGAAUGAUACAGGAAUUAGAACUGCCAAAUGAAAUUUCGGAGCGUCUAAAAGACUGCUUAGAUAAGUAUUUUGAUUACAAGGUCCUAGCAUAUAAACUGCAUUCGCAAAAACAAUUGCAC